AAUGCAUUUACAAAUCAUGAAGGUCUGACUUGUCUCUAAGUUGCAUAAAUUAGAUUUCCUUUAGUAAAAAAAUUGAUUUUAAUCAUUUAAUGUAUGCAAACUUGAAUGAUCAAGAACAAAGGUUGGACAAGGUUUCAUCAUUUCCCUAUGCAUGACUGCAUCUCAUUUGAAUUAGUCGCUUGAAAACACACAAUGUGUGAAGUUCAUAUCAUAGGACAGAUUGAAGGUGCUACACAAUUUCAAGAAAACAAUUUGUUUUGCAAAUGGGGAAUUCAUGCAGGUGGAAACUGGAAAGUUAUUGAAGGGUUGAAGGAAGGGCAAACACAAAUAGAUAACCCACAAGACGGUGAAAGCUUCCACUGGUGUCAUCCAAUUGAUAUACAUUAUGCUACAAAAGGCAGCCAAGGGUGGCCGAAAUUCUAUUUUCAAGUUUGGCAUCAAGAUGAAUAUGGAAGAGAUCAGUUCUGCAGUUAUGGAUUUUGUCACGUACCAACGGCCUGUGGCUUUCAUAAAGUAGAAUGUGUGACUUGGAAGCCACGUUCUUCCCUUUGUGAAAGAAUAUAUGAAUACUUUCUAGGUGGAGGCUUACAACUCAAAAGCCCUGAACAUAUAUAUCACGGCUUAGAUCGGUAUAAACUACAAACCGAGGCAAAGGGCGUAAUACAUUUGGAACUGUACAUUAUUUCAAAGAAUUUUCAGAAAUAUGGUGUCAUCACAAACUGAUAUUUCAAUAUUUGAUCAACCACUGCCCAGCCUUUCCCUCCUAUUCAAAGGGGGACACCUUACCUCAAUUUGAUUGACUAAUGUUAAACAAAGCUAUAUACAGUGCAGUAUUUGGGAAAAAAUAUUUAGGGAAGGCACAUUUUUUUAAAAUGUUUUUUUAUCACACUCUAGAGUCCUCCAUACCUACCACUAUUUAUGGUUUAACUGAUUGGAUGGGUCUUUUGAUAAAGACCAGAAGCCAAGCAAUCCCUGGUCCAGCUCGCCCAGAGAUAUUGACUCACUUGGAGGACUUGGGGGACGACAACAUGCCCCAGUCCCCAUUAACAAACAUGAAGGAUCUUCUCCUGACUUGCACUGACCCUGAGACCCUUCCGUUGUGAAUCUGACACCUUACUGAUCAGGCCUAUACAAUCUCUAUGAUUGAUAGAUUUAAUUUUGACAGAUUUUUGUUAAGCCAGAAAGGGUUAGUUCAGAUUUCAUAUGCCAGCUUUGAUUCAAAAAGCAGAAAAAGUGGCUUAAAAGCUGAUUCUCAUUGCAUUUGAAGUUACUUUUUCAAUAAUAAGCUAAAUAUUUUGGGGAACAUCCUUCCCUCCUAACUACAGCACUGGCUACAUGCUUAGACAUAGUAUAACAAUCAAAACAUAAAAACCAAAUCUUGCAAACAAGGAAAAUUGUUACAUGCGAUAUACUGACAGCAUGUUUAUGCCAGCCAGAGACUGGAGUUUUGUCCUUUCAUGGACUCAUGAGUCUGGAAUAGAAAAUAAUCAAGCCAGAGAUGGAUGUCAUCUCAUUGAAGCUGAGAGUGCAAACAAACUGGUAGAUAAAGUAAAUUUAGCGCACCAGCAAGAGCAGCUAUGGUACGAUUCAACUUGUUAAUUCAAGGCAAAGCUUGGGUAUUAAAAUGCAGUCUCUGGAUAGCCUAACCGGGAUAUCGGUAUAUUACAUGUAGUGCUGCCUUAGCUCUGGCUUAAGAGUGGUAACUUACCGAUUAAGAAAAUUGUGCUUAAGAAAAUCUUCUUUCUUUCUGAAAGAAGCACUUUAUUACCAUUUUGAAAGUAAAAUUUAUAAUUUUUUUAAAUAUUUCAUACAUAGCCUUGAAUUAAAAAAAAUUAAAAUAUUUUAUUUUUACAGUAAGAAUUUUUUUCAUGUAAGUAUAAUAAAAACAUUUUAUGUAUUGAAUUUUUUCACCAAAAAUAAAGGAAUUCUAUUGCUGUAUACAUGUUUCAGUUAUUUGUUAUCGACAGCUUAAAAUUUCAGCACUACAUAUGUAUCAAAAUUCAAUACAAUUUAUCACAAAAUUAUUAAAUUAUAGGGGAUGAGGUGGAGAUCACAAAGGCAAUUAAAUAAAACCAUUUUUUUUUUCAAAGAAAAUAAUUAAAAGUUACCAGUGAUGGUUUC